UCGGAGACGCGCUCUAUUUCCCCAUUUCGAGGGACCAUAAUAAUGGUAUUCUCAAGUAUGACUUGGGUGAGUCCUGCCUAUCGGACAUUCAUCUGCCAUGGUCAAUGGGUUGCCCCAUCGCUCCUAUCCUCAUGGCAUCGGACGACGGUCGGCUUGGGCUCGCAGACCUGUACGAUUUCAACCUCUCCCUCUGGUGGAGGGAGGUGGAUCCCGAUGGAGUUGCGUCGUGGGCACAGCGGAGACGCAUCAACCUCGAGACCAUUCUCCCCGUUGGCGAUCCCGAGGUAACCACGGAGUUGGUUGGCUCCAUCGAGGGCUCUGUCAUUGUUUUUGCAAUCACGGAUCUUGGCACCUAUAUGAUUGAUCUCAAGUCACUGAGCUUGAAGCAGCUCUCCAGCGAGCUGUGUCAACAGGAAGAUAUUACAUGGGCACUCUUUCCCUACCUUAGCUUCUACAGUCCACCAGGAUCAGGUGUUGUGGCUGAAGCAUCACAUGAAGCUGGACUUGGCGAUGGUGAUGCAUAAAUCUCAAGCAGGCCGUCCAAGCACGGAAGUUCAGAUUGUUGUUUUGGUGUUGGCUUUUGUUUUGGGUUUUGCGUUUGAUGGAUGGUGGGAUAGCUGUGUUAUGUCUUGUUAAGAACCUAUAUCUGUUCUUGUUAAACAUGCUAUCAAUAUCCUAGUUGCUCAA